AUGCGACUCGAGGAAGCGUUUGUUGCUCUAAGCAAAGGGAAACCUUUUUUUGGAGGUGAAGCGAUUGGGUUCAUGGAUAUUUGCCUUGGAAGCUUUGUGGUUCUCUUGAAAGCUAGAGAGAAGCUUAAAGGAGAAAAGCUUCUAGAUGAAUCAAAAGUUCCUUAUCUCUUUAAAUGGGCUGACCAAUUCUUGUGUGAUGAUACGGUGAAGAAUCUGGUACCAGAGAUCGAUAAAGUCGCUGAAUUUCUAGGAGAGCUUGAAGCUAAAGCUCCACAGAACUUUAAAUGA